GUUGCACAGUACGCGGGGGUGGCCAAGCGAAAAUAACAACAAAAUGGAUUUUUUAUCGAGUGCAAGGCAAAAACACAAGUAGAAAACACAAUAAAACCGCACUGCAAAGGACCAUAAAUCAGGCAAUCACUUACAGUAUUAACGUGGAGUUGGUAAAGCCAGAGGAGCCCGCGCCACAGCCUGCUAAAUAAAUUAUUACACAACAAAUAAAUCAAAAAAGUGCCACCGACAGCUUCCAACUGGCAGCGUGUAGCCGAAAAUAGCUUUGUAAACAAAACGAUCGCUAGGAAUAGGAAUAGGAAAAAGAAGCGCUCUCAACGCCAUUGACCCACAAAUUAGCCACUGUCAUUGCCAAGCGAAAAUACAUAGCAAAACAUUUUCCGCAUCCCACUGAAGAGCACGUGUCCACAAUGGCCAGCCGACAGAUGACCAACGACCACCUGCGCCUCUCCUGGCACGACACCCAGAUGAUGGCCACCCUGAGUCCGCAGACCGUCAUGGACUACUUCUGUCGCAAGUCGAAUCCCUUUUACGAUCACAUGUGUAACAACGAAACGGUACGGAUGCAGCGCCUCGGUCCGGAGCACUUGCACAACAUGAUUGGCUUGGAAUACAUUCUGCUACACGUGGCGGAGCCUAUCCUGUAUGUGAUUCGCAAGCAACACCGGCACAAUCCCUCGGAGGCAACGCCAAUAGCCGAUUACUACAUCAUCGGAGGCACAGUAUACAAGGCGCCGGAUUUGGCCAACGUCAUCAAUGCACGCAUACUCAAUACUGUGGUUAAUUUGCAAUCGGCUUUUGAGGAAGCCAGCAGUUACGCCCGCUAUCAUCCCAACAAAGGAUACACCUGGGACUUUUCCUCGAACAAAGUGUUAUCUGAUAAAUCAAAAUCGGACAAAAAGGACGCCAACUCGGCGAAGGAUGAAAACAGCGGCACACUUUUCCAGAAGCAGCGCGUGGACAUGUUGCUGGCCGAACUACUACGGAAAUUUCCCCCACCCAUACCGCCAAUGCUGCAAAAUAUCCAGCAGCCACAGCCAGCUGGCGAGGAUUUAAACGCCGCGGGGAACCCUUCCGAGUUGAACAAUACCACGGGACCGCUGGACAUAAAAACGGAGGGCGUAGAUAUGAAACCACCUCCCGAAAAGAAAUCCAAAUGAUUAGUUUAAUGUGCAUUUAAACUGGAGAGAUUAAAGUACAUUUGACUUAUACCUAGACUAGGCUAUA